AUGAAUGUCAUCAACAGUCAAUCGGCACUUUUAUGCAACUUUGAGGUCUUUCAACUUAUGAAGGAUAUCCAAAAUGGCAAAAAUGGUUUCCAAAAGCCAGGAGGUGAAGCUAAAAACUUAUCAAUCAUCGCCAAAGAAACGGUUUCUUAUUUAGAAAACACCGCCUGCAAAGAUCAAACUGCGGAAUCUAUCGCUGAACUAAAGAAAAAUCUUAAUCAAUUCAAGCUUACAAAUGCAGAAAAAUUACAGAUUGUUAACCUACUACCUCAAAGUGCUGUUGAGGUGCAACUUAUAGUUGAGGAGUGCGAAGAGAGAAUGUCCAUUGAAGAUAUAGAAAAUUUAAUUACAGUUGUCAACAGAUUUGUUGCUCCAAAUUCAUAA